UGACGAGCACGUAUCUUAAGGCUUGGCUUUGAGGAAUCUCUCUAUUUAGGCGUGUCACCUCCUCUCUCUCCUCUUCUCUCCUCUCUUAAAAAAAUCCACCCCAGAAUUCUCUCUUUUUUCCUCGGGUCUCCAACUUUACAAUUUCCCCCUAUAUAUUUCUUAUAUUCCUCGGGAUUGGUAGUUUUAAUCAUGGAUCAGUGCUUAGACUUACCUCCAGGUUUCAGAUUCCAUCCAACCGACGAAGAGAUCGUCACCCACUACCUCUCUCCCAAAAUCCUCAAUCAAAAUUUCUCCUCAAGGGCCAUAGGAGACGUUGAUCUCAACAAGUGUGAGCCUUGGGACCUCCCAAGUAAGGCUAAGAUGGGAGAAAAAGAAUGGUACUUUUUCUGUCAGAAAGAUAGAAAGUACCCAACUGGGAUGAGAACUAAUAGAGCAACUGAAGCUGGAUAUUGGAAAGCUACAGGCAAAGAUAAGGAGAUCUUUAGAGGGAGAGGAGUUCUUGUCGGAAUGAAGAAGACCCUUGUUUUCUACACAGGGAGAGCUCCUAAAGGAGAGAAGAGCAAUUGGGUCAUGCAUGAGUACAGAAUUGAGGGCAAAGGCCCCUUCAAUAAUCUCCCUAAACCUGCCAAGGAUGAAUGGGUGGUGUGUAGGGUGUUCCACAAGGACACCGGAGCUAAAAAGAGCCCAGUAAUUUCUGGACUCGGGAGAAUGAACUCUUUCAGCGAUCUCUUAGACUCGCAGAAUCUCCCUCCUCUCAUGGACUCAACUCCUAAUUACUUCAACAGCGACGACAGUUUCGACUUCAAAGGGAUUUUCACCGGCAACCCGUCCACUUAUUUUGUCAACAUGCCAAACUUCGAAGAUAUGCAAGCAAAUUACUCGACCAUGAAUCAGAUUCCAACGCCGCCGGGUUUUUACAAUCAGAACCAGAACCUGAGCUAUUUCCAGUGCAAGAAUGAGCAGCUGCCGAACCAUUCGAUGGUCAGCGACGACACGGGCAUGAGCACGGACCGCAACACUGAGAUCUCGUCUGUGGUGUCGACGUCAGGUGCUUUAGAGUUGGAUAACAUGUGGAAGUGCUGAAUAUUUCCAUUGCUGAUUGAUGCAUAGAUUUUUCUUUUGCUUGUUUCUUUUUUAUUUGAAUUAGAAUCGGCCUGACCAAAGUUUACUAAUCACUUAAGAGAAGGCCCUUGCUGUGUAUAUAUGUGAUUUAAUCUUAUAGAGACUGAGAAAAAACCAGAAAAAAAUUGUGUGGAGCUAGCAAUGUUCAGGCUAGCAUAACUGAUUGUAUAUUUAUGUUUUUUUUUCUUUUCUUUUCUUUUUGGGGUUUAUAUUAGGAUUGCUCAUAUAUGGUUGUAAGAACUUGUUGUUUGAUUGAUUGAUUAAUUAUUAAUUGGGUGUGUUUAUCUUGCA